GGCGCUGCUUGCGGCCCCGGUCUGGGCACGGCGGGUGCCCCGGCACCCCGGGACACCAUCCCCGGUGCGAGGAAGGAGCGCUCGGGGGAUGCGCCGGGACCGGGUGCCGCCGCUGCUCCGAGCCCGACAAGGGGCCAAGGAGCCAGUUUGGCCACCGGGCGAGUCAAUGCCCGUUCCUGGGAGCCCCCGCGAGCCCCCCGCCCCAAACGGCCGCGCCGCCCUCGAGCCGGGGGUUCCGCAGCGCUCCCGCCGCCGCAGCCGGACCAGCGGUAUCACGGCGAAGGAAGCAUCCGCCUUUUCACUGCCGCCCUUCAGCUGCACACGCCCACCAUGGUGUGCUCCAGCCCCGGGCUCCGGGCUCAGGGACCACCGAGCUCGGGCGAGCCGGACCUGCUGUGGCUGGCCGGCCUCACGGGCGCCCACAUCGGCCUGGCCCCGCUCCCCCAGGACCCCGAGGAUCGCUGCAGCAUCUGGGAGAACCUGGUGAGCCUGGUGGAUUUCAAGUGCCCGGGAUUUCCCCUGACCGCCGAGGAGAUUUGCCACUACAUCGACAUCCCCCGCUCGGCCGAGACCCCGGCCCGGGUCCUGCCCCGACCCCCCGCGCCCCCGGGGGACCCCGACUACCGGAGCAACGCGCGCCUUAAGCCGCCCUACUCCUACGCCACCCUCAUCUGCAUGGCCAUGGAAGGCAGCGAGCAGCCCAAACUCACCCUGGCAGCGAUCUGCAAGUGGAUCAGCGACCACUUCUACUAUUUCCGCCGUGCCCACCCCAGCUGGAAGAGCUCCAUCCGCCACAACCUGAGCAUCAACCAGCGCUUCAUCAAGGUGCCCCGCAAGAAGGGGGAGCCGGGCAGAGGCGCCUUCUGGAAGCUUCACCCCCAAUACGCCGCGUGGCUCAAGAGCAGCACCCGCCGAGGGCACGGAGCCCUCCCCGAGCCCAUCCCGGCCGCUCCCGGUGGAGCCCACCCGGGACCGCGGCGCUCCCCGGGCCCCGCCGCCGCUUCCCGCAGCCCCCGCGGCGGCUUCGAGGUGGGCGCGGAGCUGCAGCGGCUGUUGCGGGAGUUCGAGGAGUUCGAGAGAAGCCACGAAAACGGAGAGGGGCAGCAGGGCGAGCAGCGCUGUCCCAUGCCCCCGGUGGAAGCCUCGGGGGACCGGGAGGGACCGGGCGAGCUGACCGAGCUGAAGGGCAGCAGCGAGUGGGAAGUUCUGCUGGAGCAGGGAGAUUUCUCCUCUCUUGGGCAGCUCCCACCUUCCACCCAGCCCGGAGCUUUCCCUCUGCACCCCGCAAAGGUGCGGGGGCAGCAGCCGGGCUGGCCGCGAGUCCUCCCCGAGCUCAGCCCCACCAAGGUGGGCUUGGAUGAGACCCUGAUGGCCACGGCGUUCCUGGAGGCUGCGUGGCACGAGGAGAUGUGGGAGAACCUCUCCAGCCUCAUCCCCGUGGAGCAGGGGGCUGGAGACAUCCCGGCCUCGCUGCCCAGCGCGGGUGUCAUGGAUUGAGACGCUCAAAACUCGAUUAGAGAUGGGAGAAAAGAGAUUAGAUUAGACUCGAUGGAUUUAGGUACAUGGUUUUAUGGAUGAGGUUUCUUUUUGCUGCUUCCUGUUCUGUUUUUUGCUUGGGGAAUGAUGCUGAAUAUACUUAAAAUGUUUUCAUUCUACUGGCAGUUUUUAAGAGAUAGAAUAAAGAAAAUAAAGCAGAAAAAACUCCUGUUUCACCUUCUGGUUCCCCUCCAGCACCUUUGGGUGGGCCCUGGAGGCCGGGGAGCUCUGCCCAGCCCUGGGGGAAACUGAGGGUGGGACCUGCUGGGCACGGGUGGGGGGCACAGACCUCGUUGGGGGCAUCCCCGGUUCCCCCUCA